AUGGCGGCGGUGGACUUCGUAUUAUUCCCUCAACGAUUAGAUCUCCAGUUUCUCGAAUUGAAGCAUUUGAGAGGCGAUUCUCUUGUUGGGAAACACACAGAAUCAGCGAUUUUCGCUACCCACAGUACCUACCUCGUCAGUGAGAGUGCCAUUACGAUUGUUGUGGCUUUGCAAAAUCAGAGAGAGUCGAUGAUGCGAACAAAGUUUCUCUGGUUGACGAUAUCUCGAAGUUCAACUGAUGGGGAAGGCUGGCUUGAGGUGAUGGAGUUCGUUAACGAACGUGUGGCCAUACUAGACAACCGCCCAAUCUUUGUCUUGCCAGGUGGGAACUCUGCACUCUCACACCGCAAGGAGCUCCGAACUUUCGAGCUCGUCUACAGUCCGAUCUGGAUAGGCAGCGUGUGUGGAGAUGUUGCCUGGCUGCCAAGCGCGCGAGAAUCGCCUCCACCAAUCACGAGGUGGUUGAUGUCGCUGGUUUGUGCUGUCUUGGAGAAUCGCCUCCACCAUGUCAGGCAUCAAGGGCCUGAAGAGAGCACUCUGCUGGAUUCAGGUGCUGCAGGAAGCUCAUUUUUCUGCGGUUGA